GUCAGUACCGCCGCCAGCCCGGCCGUCCACCCGCGGUCCAAAGCCGGGCUACCGCCAUCUCUGCGUUCGCCAUGAGUCCUAGGGCGCCAGGGCCGCUGUGGCCACUGCCCUGGGGUGCCCUGGCUUGGGCCCUGGGCUUCGUGGGCUCCAUGGGCUCGGGGGAACCCGCGCCCGGUGGAGUGUGUUGGCUCCAGCAGGGGCGUGAGGCCACCUGCAGCCUGGUGCUGAAGACCGAAGUCAGCCAGGCCGAGUGCUGUGCCUCCGGCAACAUCGACACCGCCUGGUCCAACUUCACCCACCCAGGGAACAAGAUCAGCCUCCUGGGCUUCUUGGGGCUCGUCCACUGCCUUCCCUGCAAAGAUUCGUGCGAAGGCGUGAAGUGCGGCCCCGGCAAGGCGUGCCGCAUGGUGGGGGGCCGCCCACGCUGCGAGUGCGCGCCCGACUGCACCGGACUCCCGGCAAGCCUGCAGGUCUGCGGCUCGGACGGCGCCACCUACCGAGACGAGUGCGAGCUGCGCGCGGCGCGCUGCCGCGGACACCCGGACCUGCGCGUCAUGUACCGGGGUCGCUGCCGCAAGUCGUGCGCGCACGUUGUCUGCUUGCGGCCGCAGUCGUGCGUGGUGGACCAGACGGGCAGCGCGCACUGCGUGGUGUGUCGCGCGGCGCCCUGUCCCGUGCCCUCCAGCCCCGGCCAGGAGCUCUGCGGCAAUAACAACGUCACCUAUAUGUCCUCGUGCCACCUGCGCCAGGCCACCUGCUUCCUGGGCCGGUCCAUCGGCGUGCGCCACCCGGGCAGCUGCGCAGGCACCCCGGAACCAGUAGCCGCAGAGUCGGAGGAGGAGGAGGAGAACUUCGUGUGAUGGCGCGUGGCCGGCCUGGACCUGGCGUUCCAGGCCUCCCCGUUUUAUUUAUUGCCUCAGCAGAGUCUAAUUUAUGUCCACAGACACUCCUCAGAGCUUGGUUCCUUUGGUGCCUCAUGGAGAUCUAUUAGAAUGGAGGAGGAGGCCUGCGAGCAGGGUUGGUGGGUGGGGCCCCCAGACACCCUACUAUCCCGGAGGACCCAGGUGUCUGCUCCCUCAGGGAUAACUGUUAUUUAUCCUGUCAGCGGAGGACUGAGGGUUUCCCUCCCAGUAAGUAAUGACGUCUUCCUGAGCAGGAGCCUUGGGCCAGGGAUGAGGAGGGCCAGAGCCUGGGAACAUACUAAGACCCCAAGGAAGCAACCACUGCCCCCUACCAGCCCAGGAACUCUGGGGGUUUUCUUUUCCCCUUUCCCUGUUAAGAACUGACCCCUGAGGACCAGCUUGUUCCCCCCAAAGAGGGGGUUGCUAUCUGUACCUUCUAACUCAGCCUCGGAAGUGCAGUGCCGGUAUCUGCCCAGAAUCGGCACUAUGCCCAGGGUUGUCCUGUCUGAAACAGGAAGAGCCUGGUACAAAGACAGGACUUGGGGACACGGACAUUGGGCCCCUUUAUCCCAUGACAAGUCCAGUUUUCGUGGGACCAUGUGGGGCCCAUCAGCCCUGCUCACCCACUGGCCGGGGAUGGAAUGUCGACGCCAAGGCCUACUGCCUACCUGGCAUAGGGAACUGUGUAUGAGUGGCACACAGAUGCCUGCUGCCCUGCCCGCAGGGGAGCUCCAGACACGGGACCCCUGGGUCCCAUGCAGCUUGACCUACACCCCGCCCCCAGCUCCUCACCCACCAGCAAUGCUCGGGGUGUCCACACCCACCUCGGCCGGCCCCCC